GGUACAUUUUCUAGGUCUGUUUGGAAGAGUUGGUCAUGGGGCUUGUACUUCUGCCUGCUACUUUGCCAUGUUGGCUCUUCCCCCCAAGAUAUGUAUAUUUUUAUCAAAAGAAUAUGCAGAUUUCAAGUUUUACUUUAUGCUAAAUUAAUUAUUAAAAUCCAUAGUUCAAAAUUUAGUUCUUUGGUUAUAUGCUUAAUUUUAUAUGAUCUUUUAUUUGAAUUAUUGAAAAUGAACUACUUUAGUCUGAGAUCUGGCUCAUCAAAAAAGCAAUCACAAUUCCCAGAAAAAAACAAAAUUGUAGAUCUUAACACAGCCAUGAUUGAAGCAAGUAGUUUGGGUGCUGAGGACUCCAGAGUGUCCAGGACAAUAGUGAAAAACUUCCCAAUAAAAACAAAAGUGAGGAGCUCAUGAAAAUUAGACAACAGGUGAAGAAAAAAAAAUUUCAUCCAAAUGUGAUGUGAGACUAGAGCUCAGAAGAUUAGAACUGGAUACAGAAAUCGGAAAAUCAGUUGCAUAGAAAUGAUAAUUGAAUCCACAGAAGCUAAUCAUUAAGGGAGAAAUAAAAAGGGGAGAACGCUCAGGAUGGAGCUUUGAGGGAUACCUGUAGUUAGUAGUUAUGACUUAGAUAAAGAUCUAACAAAGGAAACUAAAGAGCAGUCAGACAGAUAGGAGUAGAGGACCAGGAAAGAGCAGUGUCAUGAAAAUGUAGAGAGGAGAAAAUAUCCAGGAAAAGAAUGAUUGACAGUGUCAGAAGGUGCAGAGAGGUCAAAAGGGAUGAGGAUUGAGAAAAGGCAUUCUAUUCGGCAAUUAAGAGGCUUACUUUAAUUAUUUCAGUACACAGACAUGGACCUCCAAAAAUCACCUCAGGAAACAGUACUUAUUACAGGAGGAGGUGGCUACUUUGGUUUCCGUUUGGGUUGUACACUAUGCAAGAAGGGUAUCACUGUGAUUCUGUUUGAUAUCAACAUUUCUAUUCAAGAUAUUCCCCGAGGGAUGAAGUUGAUAUGUGGAGAUAUUCGCUGCAUCGCCGAUUUAGAGAACGCUUUGCAAAAUGUUACUUGUGUUUUCCAUAUUGCUUCCUUUGGCAUGUCAGGAAAGGAGCAACUGAAUCAUAAGCGUAUUGAAGAUGUCAAUGUAAAAGGCACAGAAAAUGUACUCGAGGCUUGCAGAAGGAAAGGAGUGUCAAGAUUGGUUUAUACUAGUACUUAUAACGUGGUGUUUGGAGGCCAAGUUAUAAUGAAUGGGGAUGAAUCUUUGCCCUAUCUACCUCUUCAUCUUCAUCCUGAUCACUACUCUCGCACCAAAUCUGUUGCAGACAAAAAAGUACUGGAGGCAAAUGGAACAGCCUUGGACAGGGGAACUGGUGUUUUGAGAACCUGUGUUUUGAGAUCAGCUGGUAUCUAUGGGCCUGGAGAACAGAGGCAUCUUCCCAGGAUAGUGAAAUAUAUAGAAAAGGGGCUCUUCAAAUUUGUGUAUGGAGAUCCCAAAAGCUUGGUAGAUUUUGUCCAUGUGGAUAAUUUGGUACAAGCCCAUAUUCUGGCCUCAGAAGCUUUAAAAGCUGACAAGAAACAUAUUGCCUCUGGGCAGGCGUAUUUUAUCUCUGAUGGAAGACCAGUGAAUAAUUUUGAAUUCUUCAGGCCAUUAGUUGAAGGAUUGGGUUAUCCAUUCCCUACCAUACGCCUACCGUUAAACCUCAUUUAUUUCAUUGCUUUCAUGACAGAGAUGGUGUACUUCCUCUUGGGCAGGUUUUAUAAUUUUCAGCCUUUCCUCACCCGAGCAGAAGUCUAUAAAACUGGGGUCACACAUUAUUUCAGCAUGGAGAAGGCUAGAAAAGAACUGCAUUAUGAACCACAGCCAUUUGACCUCAAGGAAGUAGUAGAUUGGUUUAAAGCUGAGGGUCAUGGUAGAAAAUUCCAAAACUAUACCUUAAAGCAUCUUAUUUGGAAUGGCAUGUUGAUUUUCUUCCUAGCUAUUGCAAUUCUCACAUGGUUUUCCAAUGAUCAUGGUGAUAGCAGUUUGAAAGAUUUAUUUUGAAAAUUGUUUCAUUUUAUUUUCAUUACUUCUUUUGAAGUUAUGGCUAGGGGAAAUGUAGUUAUUUCAAAAUUUGUGUGUGGGAGCAACUUUUUCGUGAGUUUCUCCCAAAGCAAUUGUGCGUUUUCUCUCAUGGCAUAUUUCAGAGCCAAGAUAACAUAUUUUAUUUAACAUGAACUAGAAACAUGAACAGGCAUCAUAUUAGGUCUGCUGUGAUUAAAUUCUUAUAAAAAGGAUUAAAAAAAUUAAUAACUUUACAGUCAGAUUUCAUGGUGGACACUCUUCUGAAGAGGAAGUGAGCACUGAGAGAAUAGUAGAAUUGGAAGAAAUUUUAGAUGCUAUCUGGUACAACUUCAUCUACCCAGUUCAGGACUACCCUCUGCAUUAUCCCUACCAAUGUUGAUAUGUUGGGCUUAAAUAGCUCUUUUGAUAAUAAAUUCCAUAUCUAAUUCCAUACUUGAACAUCUCUAAUUGUUAAAAAAAAAAAAAAAAUUCCUAUAU